UAAUUGGAUUUUCCGUUUGAAGAAAAGCCAAGGCUGAGGAGAGCGAGAGAUGAGUACCCGUGUUAAUGAAACCGUGGCUAUUGGCGCUGUGCUGUAUGGGUAUACGUAAACUUCCUGAUCUUUGUGGUUCAACCUGUGAGGGAGCUUUGGGAACACCCAGUGUAAGGAGUGCUUCAGCCAUUGCCUCUCACGUGAAGUCGUUCUCCGUGUUGGAUUGCCAACAGGAACCCGAUGUGGUAACUCACGCUGUGGCCCCAGCUCUCACAGCAAGGUCUCACUCAGUAGUUAGUUGCUUAGCCAGUGUCUGUUGCAGCAAAUAAAAGUUGGGCUUCUCUAGAACACAGCGAAAAGUUGCCCGCCCUGCAGGUGUAGAGUUUUUAAAAACUUACUGGUGAUGUGUGUUAAGACUGGCAGAUUCCUUGCGAUGGGUUUCUGUGUUGAUGCUGUGUUCCAAUUCUGUUCCCUUGAAGCCUCACCGGAAGAAGAAGCCAUUUAUAGAGAAGAAGAAAGCUGUGUCUUUCCACCUCGUUCACCGGAGCCAGCGAGAUCCUUUGGCAGCAGAUGAAACGGCACCGCAGAGGGUUCUUCUCCCAACCCAGAAAGUAAGUCUCGUAGAGAGGCGAGCAGAACAGAGGAAGUACGGAGUGUUCUUCGACGAUGACUAUGACUACCUGCAGCACCUGAAGGAGCCGUCGGGGCCCUCAGAGCUCAUCCCCACAAGCGCUUGGAGUGCACACAGCAGGAGAGAGGAAAAAGAAGAAACUCUGCCAUUGUAUGAUUCCUUUUACAAGAGUACUGGAAUUAAACUGCCUUCCUCGGUGUUUGCAUCGGAGUUUGAGGAAGAUGUUGGAUUACUGAAUAAAGCAGCUCCAGUUUCAGGACCUCGGUUGGAUUUUGAUCCUGACAUCGUUGCAGCUCUGGAUGAUGAUUUUGACUUUGAUGAUCCUGAUAAUGUGCUUGAAGAUGACUUCGUUCUUCAGGCCAAUAAACCCACAGAAGACGGAAUGGAUUCACGGUAUAGUGAAGAUGGCAUUGAGUGGGAAGAUGUGAAUGACGAGAAGGCAGACAGCAGCGUUGGAGAUGACUGCGGCUGCGCAGGCCUCUCAUCCGAUGAAGACGACGUGACUGCCUCUGGGAGGCGUCAGUCAAUAGAAAACCACUUGUUCUGGGAGGAGGAAACAAAAAGUCGCUUCACCGAGUAUUCUAUAACUUCCUCUGUCAUGAGGAGAAAUGAACAGUUGACCCUACAUGACGAGAGGUUUGAGAAGUUCUAUGAACAGUACGAUGAUGAUGAAAUCGGAGCUCUGGACAACGCUGAGUUGGAAGGUUCCAUUCAAGUAGACAGUAGUCGCUUGCAGGAGGUUUUGAAUGACUACUAUAAAGAGAAGGCAGAGAAUUGUGUGAAAUUAACCACUCUGGAGCCCUUUGAAGAUCAAGACCUGACCAGGAAUGAGCUUGAUGAGUGUGAGGAGGAAGAGCUUGUUACUGUUGUUCUUGAAGAACCUAAGGAGAAGUGGGAUUGUGAAUCCAUCUGCAGCACGUACUCAAACUUAUACAAUCAUCCGCAGCUUAUCAAGUACCAACCAAAGCCCAAGCAAAUCCGACUGUCUUCUAAAACAGGAAUACCUCUCGAUGUCUUACCUGUGAAAGGACUCACAGCAAAGCAAGUUGAACGAAUGCAGAUGAUCAAUGGCAGUGAUCUGCCAAAGGCGUCCACCCAGCCACGCUCCAAAAAUGAAAGCAGGGAAGAUAAAAGAGCAAGAAAGCAGGCUAUCAAAGAGGAGCGCAAGGAACGAAGAGUGGAGAAGAAAGCUAACAAGUUAGCAUUCAAACUGGAGAAACGGCGACAGGAAAAGGAGCUGCUGAACUUGAAGAAAAACGUUGAGGGUCUAAAGUUAUAGAAAUGGAAUAUUUGGAACAAGACAUUUGCUACUGUGAGCCCCUCACUCAUAUUAAGUGACCACCAUCUUCAGAAAGUCAGACGUGUUUGCCAUUUUUACUGGGAGGUAUUGAAGAGAAAAAGAUAAUAUUUGCCUUAUUUUUAUAGCAGCAACUGUCCCAUCUUGUAAAUACUGUAAUAUUUUAAAAUUUAAUAUUAUAACCUUGGAUUUGCUCUGAAAUGACUUCAUGGAUGUGAAAUGUUUGUUUAAAUUAAAGGAAAAUACCUUCAUAA